AUGUCAUGUAUGCAUCAUUCUCAGCCUGGCCAGACUUAUUUGAUUGCUCAACUUCGUGUCGCGAACAUUCCACCCACUUCCCUUCAGUCUAUAUUACCCAUCCAGUCAUGUCCAUCAAGCUUCUUCCCCACAUCCUCCCCCACCUCUUGCGCCCGCCUCCUUCACCAGAUCAUGCAUGACAUCCUUGCCAAGGUCCUCAGAGUCUGCCGGUUUCCGUGUCCGUUGACUCUUCGCUCUCGUCGCGACAUAACCCUCUUCGCCAGAGACCGGCAUGAUACUGUACGUCAAGUUUGCGGAAAAGAAGUUGGGGGCGGAGUGAAGCGGGGGAAAGACAGACGGACUGGAGAGAGAUCAAAGUCAGGCCAAUUACACAGUUGCCCACACGUGACCCUCAUCUGGACGACGAGUGAACCAAAAAUGGUCACGAAAUUAUCUCAUCCCAAACUUUCGCCCUCAUGUUCUCAAGCACCCUCUUCUAGCGGCGUUGCCGAAGGCGGCAAAAUGUUAUAG